CAGCUCCGAGAGAAGAUGUUGUGUACACUAAUUUCGGUUGCCUUGGUAACAUCAACCCUUGGGUACACGGCUCCCUCCAGUCAGUGCGCAUGCGCAUCAGUGGACACAGCUAUCGAGAGGAACUACACGGAAACUGCCGAUGAUGUUUUCGGGACGCUGAGUUCCCUGAGGUGCCUCCCGUACCACGGGGUUCAACAAGCUCUCAAUGACGGCCGGAUAUAUGUCCAAGUGUCAUAUCACGGAAUGAUCGCCUGGCUACUGGCAUUCGACAUAUACAUAAAAAAGUGUAAUGAGCCCUUCGACUGUGUAUGCGCAAAUGCCAAUGUCGACGUAAAAACUACCUAUAGAAGCCGAGGUGCUUCAAUAACGACCUUGACCUCUGGUCAGUGUUUGACCCUGCAGGGGAAGUCGUACAACUCAAGCGCCGGAACCUGGGUGCAGGUCAAGGUCAAUAACAAGACGGGAUGGCUGACGGCGGGAAACGUCUCCUUCCAUAAGAACUGUGCAGCACACAUGACGGAUGAUACGUCACGGACACGCAUGACGGCAUGUCGUAAAACAGUAUCACGUGAGGACUGGGAAGCGAGAGAUCCAGAUACAGCAAGUGUCCCCAAGCCUCCCCAUGACGCCGACAGCCAGCACGAACCAAAGCGAGGCUUCCGCAGUAAUGGUGGAUGCAUGGGAAGAAAACACCGUUACCAUGACGACCAUCAGGAUGGAGACGAACCACUGGACAGUUCCUGCGUGAACACUGACGCCCCCGCGUCCCUCUUUGAGAGUAGCGUCCCCUUGACGACCUUGGGCGCUAACCAGGAAAUGUUGAUGCAUGAUGGUAGUGACGGAAUACUUACACCAAUCCAACGAGGGAGUAAGAUUGACUUGGCCCAAUAUAACAUUCUACAUUUAACAGAAGAAGGCACGUCAGGAGUGAUGGUGCCCGGUUGUCCCGCCAUCAUGGCACGUGCUGUGUGGGGGGCACGGCUUGCCGGCCAGGGGGUAGGCAGGCUGACGGCAACUCCUCAAUACGUCAUCAUUCACCACGGGGCAUCGGCAGGGUGCAGCUACAGGCAAGACUGUGUCAGACUGAUGCAGUCCUACCAGAAUUUUCACAUGGACGGACGAGGUUGGUCUGACAUCGGCUACAACUUCGCUAUCGGCGAUGACGGCAACGUGUACGAGGGACGUGGGUGGGGCGCCGUGGGGGCUCACACAGGCGGCUACAACAAGGUAUCAGUCGGAAUCGCUUUCAUUGGCAAGUUCAAUGACCGGGAGCCAAGCAAAGCCGCCCUUGACGCCCUGAUGGCGUUGCUUUCAUACGGAGUCAGGUACGGCGAACUGACACCGUCGUACACGUUGCUGGGGCGUCGCGACGUAGGUUAUCCGACAGAAUCCCCUGGAGACAGACUGUAUGAGAUCAUUCGUGGCUGGAAGCAUUACAACAACACUGUCAUCUAUGUAUGAAUGUCGUCGUCAGAGGCGAAUGAUUUGCCGUGUUGAUUAUCCGUGUUUUUCUACAUUCGUCAGCAGAAAUCCCUGCUCAUGGGGUUCAACAAGGUCCAUGUCUACGACCAGAUCUGUUCAUGUUUUACUUUCACUUCAAGAUGGCACGCUGUGAUAUGACGUAAAUACUCUCAAAACCCAUCUCCAGCAACGUCGGGGCGUUUCAGAGUCGUACAAUACUGAAAAUGCCGGUUUCUUAUAGUAGUGCAAGUAGUGAACAUGAUGGUGGUACGGCAUUACUUCCGUCUCUGGCAAUAUUUAUGUCAAAAAAUGCCCCACCGAUGAUCGGAAAAUAUGGAAGACGGUGUCGACCAUGGUACGAUGCGAAAUUCCUCUCGCCCGAAUCCCAUGUGUGAUCCCUUUAGAUAAUACAAUUGCGGUCGGCCUUCUUUGAUAUCCACUUGAUCGAUGUUGUACGUCACACUGACCCGGCCUGAAAGUUUCGGCUCUUUAUCCCUGCGCGGUGCAGACGAUUCGGCAGUCACUGAUUUCAUUUUAACGGCAUAAAAUAAAA